AAACCUCCAAGGACCCUGCUUUCUUGCAAUGUGGAUUUUCUUGCGUGGGAGAAUUGGCCUUUCUUUUGGUGGAGGAGAGACAUUCUUUAUUCUUCAGUCGCUAACGAGUUUCUCGAGGCCAAUUACGCAUUCACCAUCUGCCGUGCGUUCCCCUAUCGAAGUUGCUUGGAUUGGGAUGAGACGCUCAGGUUCGGAUGGGAUUAUCAACGCAGAGAUCUUAAAGUAAUAUAGGGAUAUUUCCUGUCGUAUUCGAUUCUAUUCAGAAUCCUUGGAUUGGCGGAGUGUGAGGUGCGUUCGCUUGCCAGAAAGCUCGACCACUUCUCCCGCCCAACUCUUUUCUCCCACCGCGAUUGUAUUACGGCCGACAUUAGUUUGUGCUUUUCGAAAGCACUCCAUCUUUGAUUAAUUUCCUUUCUUUAUUCUCCGAUCUACCUUCUCUAUCCGCAUCGUGCUCCGACACCCCUCCGUUCGACGGUCCGAAGAUAAAAUGCCGCUAGCAUUCCCCCCUCUCCCCUUCAGCCCUACACGGCUUCGAUCGUACAUACUCCGCCUCCCGCUUUUCACCAGAACUGUCCUAAUAGCUAUCGUCACCCUUUGCCUUUUGGAUUUACAGCCGGCAUGGAGCGUGGCGCGCUGGGGAGCAUUGAAGCCGAGUGAAGUUAGCCUUAUGAGCAUGCACCGUCUUAAUACGUAUCCAAUCGUCCACCAGGGGUUUAUUCACGCGUUUUUAAAUAUCUUGGCGCUGACGCCGCUGCUGGAGAGAUUCGAGGCUGAAUAUGGAACGCUUACUUCGCUGGCUAUGUUCUUUGGACCGCUAUCGACUUUCCCUGGAGGCUUAUAUAUACUCGUCGAGAAAUGUAUAUUCCGCCAAGAUACUGCUAUUUUAGGAUCAAGUAUUUGGGUGUUUUUGCUACUUGCAUCAGAAGCAAUGAAGACCUACGCUUCAAACCCUCACUUCAGUCUGGGGACGUAUAAGAUUCCAACGUGGGCAACGCCACUGAUUGGAACGAUCUUCGUUUCCGCAUUGAUUCCGAACACUAGUUUCGUGGGCCACUUGUGCGGAAUUGCCGUUGGAUACGCCCUCGGACUUGGCUACCUAAAAAUCCUUUUCCCUCCAGAGAAAAUCCUACGAUGGGUUGAAAGCAAAUUGAACCUUCUGGGGAUCCUCCCACACUACGUGUCGGUAGAUCAGAAAACGUAUGGGCGCUACGGAAUAUUGCCCACGGGCAAUUCUUCCAGUGGCCCGGGCACGACAAUGAGUUACUUUGGAUCUACUCAGCGUUUAGGGCCGUAAAUGGGUCUAUUUUGAAAAUGUCAGUCGCUCGGCAUUUUACUCCAUGCUUUUCACAAACAUUAGCUCCCGAUGCUGCCUUUGAUAUUGCAUCUGAAAAAGAAUAUUGAAGUGCGAUUAGAAAGGAUUGAGGAAGAGCAUACUCUUCAUGUAUAUGGUUAGCUGAACUGCGUACUUAUCUUUUUAAUAAUGAUCUAUGAAAAGUAAUUUCCCGACGGCGACGGAUCGGGUCCUUGCACAAA